CCAAUCUGACACAGGAAAUCAAAAACCCAAAAUUUAGGCCCGGUAAAUUAGUAAGAAAAUCCAUAACACAAGCCCUUAUUUAUAGCCAGAAUUUAAUUACAAUACAAACAGAGUUUAAAAACCAAAACAGAGUCCAAAACAGAGUGACCAGAGACAAAAGACAAGAGUUGAAUGCUCUGCUCUGCUCUGCAACAAUGGCUAUCGGCGAGUCUCAUCCCCAAGCCUCCACCAGACCAAACCCUUCUCCUCCAAUGGAAGUCCACUGCGUCAAAUGCGACUCCUGCGGCUUCACAGAGGAUUGCACCCCAGCGUACAUCGCCCGCGUCCGUGAGCGCUACCAGGGACGGUGGAUAUGUGGGCUCUGCGUGGAGGCCGUGAAAGACGAGGCGCUCCGAUCAGAUAGGCUCAUCUCCACCGAGGAGGCCCUGAACCGCCACAUAAGCUUCUGCAAGAAUUUCAGAUCGUCUAGUAAGGAAAAAACAGAGCACCCUAUUCUGGCCAUGGGCCGGGUUUUCCGCCGGAGCUUGGAUACUCCGAGGGCGCUCCGGUCCAAUUCUAGCUCCUCUCUCGGUGGCGUUGAGAGGGUUGGUGGCCCUGCGCUGGUUAGGUCCGGCAGUUGCUUCCCUGCUCUCAAUAGCUGAGUUGUUUUAUGGAGGUAAAAAUAUAUAUGAAAACAGGGGAACUCUGUUUUGUGUUAGAUUAUUACAUCAAGAACAUAAUUGGGUAAGUUAGUUUUUGCUUCAUGAAACUGGGUUUUUGCAGAGAUUAAUUGCUAAGACUAAUGGGUUUGUUUUUCUCUAGACUUUCAUUUGUAUAUAUGAUAUGAUUCUCUUUGUUAGUUUUUGUU